AUGUCCAUCCCUUUCCCUUGGGUGCCAACGCCAGGCAUCAUCUUUCCUCCACCUCCGCCGCAUCCACCUCCCCCACCGUGGAGUCCACCGCCAUCGCCAACGCCGAAAUCUGCGGGCGGAGCCAUCGCAGGUAUCAGCAUCGCCGUCGGGAUCAUGUUGUUCCUGGUCUCCUGCAUAUGCUCCCUCACCCGAGGGCAACGCCAGAAUGGCGCCGAUGCAGUGGCCGAUGCUGCCACGGAAUCUGCCGCCCUGGGCUCACGACUGCGGACGGCGGCGCCAGAUCAGCCGCGCGGCGCCGCACUGCCCGAUGGCGAGCCGCGGCGCGCCGGCCCGGCGGUGGACCUCCCGUCGUUCACGUAUAACCGGUCGGUGAAGCACAACGUGACGGGAAGCGGCGACGAGGCGGCAACGUGCUCGGUGUGCCUCGCCGCGUUCCGGGUCGGGGAGACGGUGCGGCUGCUGCCGGUGUGCCUGCACCUGUACCACGUCGAGUGCAUCGACCCGUGGCUGGACGCGCACUCCUCGUGCCCGAUCUGCCGGACAGGGACAGACCCCGCCAUGGACGGGGGCCUGCUGCCGCCGGUUUAG